AUGGCGGCGGGACGGGCUCUGCUCCGGCUGCUGCCCGUGCUGCUGCUGCUGCAGCCGGCGCCUGCCGUGUGGCCGCGGCCGCAGGUCCAGCUCUCCCCGCCCGGCGGUGGCCGCUGCCUGCUGCCGCCCGCCCGGUUCAGCUUCGGCCACGCCGCCGGCUCGGCCGUGGGGCCGGGCUGCACCGUGCUGGAGGCGGCGUUCCAGCGGUACCGGGCGCUGCUCUUCGCCGCCGCCCGCCCGACCGGGAAUGGACCCGUCCCCUUCUCAGAGAACCCACCCCAGGCCUUGCCCUGCACUCAGCUGCUCGUCUCUGUGGCCACACCAGACUGUGAUGGGUUUCCGAGCCUGGACUCCAAAGAGAGCUACAAGCUCUCUGUCUCGGAAGGCUCCUUACUGCUUUCUGCUGAUGCCGUCUGGGGAGCUCUCAGAGGCCUGGAAACAUUCAGCCAGCUCGUUGGGAGAGACCAGAAUGGCACGUACUACAUCAACAAGACAGAAAUCGUGGACUUUCCCCGCUUCCCUCACCGGGGACUGUUGCUGGACACCUCUCGUCACUACCUGCCCCUCAGAGCCAUCCUGGAAACUCUGGAUGUCAUGGCUUACAACAAGUUCAACGUGUUUCACUGGCACAUUGUGGACGACCCAUCCUUCCCCUAUGAGAGCUCAACCUUCCCAGAACUCAGCAAGCAGGGAGCCUUCAAUGCCAUGAGCCACGUGUACACGGCCGGUGACGUGCAGGCGGUGAUUGAGUACGCACGGCUGCGCGGCAUCAGGGUCAUCGCGGAGUUUGACACUCCGGGGCACACGCUGUCCUGGGGCCCGGGUGCUCCAGGCCUCCUGACUCCCUGCUAUUCAGGCAAGCAUCCUUCUGGGACCUAUGGGCCCAUCAACCCAAUCCUUAACAGCACCUACCAGUUUGUGACCAGUUUGUUUCAAGAAGUCAGCUCUGUGUUCCCAGACUUCUUUCUUCACCUCGGUGGUGAUGAGGUGGACUUCACAUGCUGGAAAUCCAAUCCAGAAAUCCGUGCCUUCAUGAAGCAGAUGGGCUUUGAUGAAGAUUACAGAAAACUGGAGUCAUUCUACAUCCAGAAGCUCCUGGACAUUGUCUCUUCCCUUGGCAAAGGUUCUGUCCUGUGGCAGGAGGUGUUUGACAACGGAGUGAAGCUGAGGCCAGACUCCAUCAUCCAUGUGUGGAAGACCUCCAAGCCAUACAUGGAGGAGAUGGCAGAUGUCACCAAGGCUGGCUACCAUGCUCUGCUCUCUACCCCCUGGUACCUCAACCGCAUCUCGUAUGGGCAAGACUGGAUGGCAGCCUACCAGGUGGAGCCCUUGAAGUUCAAAGGCAGCGCUAAACAGAAGGAUCUGGUGAUUGGUGGAGAGGCCUGCAUGUGGGGCGAAUACGUGGAUGUCACUAACCUGACCCCCAGGCUCUGGCCGAGAGCUGGGGCUGUAGCCGAGAGACUGUGGAGCAACGAGAGCGUGAGGAACCUGCAGGACGCCUACGUGCGGCUGGCGGCCUUCCGCUGCCAGCUCCUAGGGCGCGGGGUCCAGGCACAGCCGCUUUAUGUUGGAUACUGUGAAAAUGAAUUUGGUGGGUUUUGAAGCAUGAGUCCCACUGCCGUCGCUCUACACAGGCUGGAGGAGUGAUGGUUCUGCCUCGAGAGCUGCUGGUUUGGCUUGGCCCCUCCUGCCCCAGCUUCUGUUCUUACUUUGUUGCAAUGAACAUUUCUGUCCCUUUAGCGUGCACCCUUUGCCUCUUUCUAUUUUUAUUUCUUUAAAUCUAUAAAUAAAUGACCCAAAGAGGAAAAGGUGCUUUUUCAUGCUUAGCUGGGACUUAAAACUGUGCAAGGGUUAUUGUUGGCAGGAGAUGUGUAGGUGCUUGCUCCAGAGAUGCCAGUGUGGAAGCAACAUCCCAUUGCUCUGGAGCAUGCUGGGUGCCUGCCUGAUAAACUGUGUGUUAGUCCCGGCUUCCCACCCUGCAGAGAGAAGGUGACAAGGUGUGAAGUGCCCUGUUGUCCUCAAAUGUGGAGCUCAGCUUCAGGCCUCCUGCAUCCCGGAGAGAUCUGAUUUCCCUAUUGGCUCCUUGGAGAAGAGACUGGUGCUGCCACUGUCCCAUGGAGCUGGAGUCAUGGCUGUUGUCCACAGCUGGUUGGGAACCACAUUCGGCUCAAAGCAGCGAAUCUCUUAGAAAGAGUGUUUUUGGCUUAAGUGUGUGAGAUCUGCUGCUAUGACAGGAAACCUUUUACUGCUGAACUUUAAUUUUAAAAGCUGUAGGACUUUUAUUUAAAAAAAAUAAGAUUUUAACUAUAAACUUAAAAUUUUAAUUUAA